GGUUUUGUUCUUCUUCUAUAGCCGUUUCAUCUUCACAUAAGCAUCUUCUUCUUUUUUUUUCCUGUCAAGAUCCUGAAUCAUCGGAUCUGGAAGGAAACUAGAGUUUGUGAAAUCGGAUGAAUCUUUUGAGAAAUCUCUGAAUAAGGUCAAAUCUUGAUUUGUCUCUUCUUCUUCCUUAGCUGCAGGUUUUAUACUUUUGUUAGUACUCUAAUUCAAACGAGAGAGUCAAAUACAUACUCGUCUAUAUAGCCCACAUACGCAUAUUCAUAAUACUUUUGAGGAAGAUGCUAAGUGGAAACAAUGGAAACACUGUACCACCGGUUUUCAUGAACGAGAGCCAGUUGCAAUACCAGACAAACCUACCAUCGAAUCAGCUCCACUUGCUCGGAACCAUGGGAGGUGGAUGCACUGUUGAUCCAGUGAACUACUUUGCUAAUGAUAAUCUCGUUCCAAUGAUUCGGUCUAACAAAAGAGGAAGGGAAGCCGAAAGCAUUAGUAACAACAUCCAAAGACAACAGAAGCUUCAAAUGUCUUUGAACUAUAAUCAUAACAACAUUAGUGUUCGAGAAGAAGUGCCUAAAGAGAAUCUAGUAUCAACUGGUCUUAGACUAUCUUAUGAUGACGAUGAACGCAACUCUUCAGUGACUUCUGCUAGUGGUAGCAUCGUAGCUGCUUCUCCAAUCUUUCAGUCACUCGAUGACAGUCUUCGGAUUGAUCUCCAUAGACAAAAAGAUGAGCUUGACCAGUUCAUCAAGAUCCAGGCAGCUCAAAUGGCGAAAGGUGUGAGAGAUAUGAAACAGAGACAUAUCGCGUCUUUUCUCACUACAUUAGAGAAAGGAGUGAGCAAGAAGCUUCAAGAGAAAGAUCACGAGAUCAAUGACAUGAACAAGAAGAAUAAAGAGCUCGUGGAGCGGAUAAAGCAAGUGGCAACGGAAGCUCAGAAUUGGCACUACAGAGCAAAGUACAAUGAGUCUGUGGUUAAUGUCUUAAAGGCAAAUCUCCAGCAAGCAAUGUCACACAACAACAAUGUGAUUGCUGCCGCAGAUCAAGGCAAAGAAGGGUUUGGAGACAGUGAAAUAGAUGAUGCAGCUUCAUCAUACAUUGAUCCAAACAACAACAACAACAACAUGGGGAUUCAUCAGAGGAUGAGAUGCAAAAUGUGCAACGCGAAGGAAGUAUCGGUGUUGCUCGUGCCAUGUAGGCACUUGAGUUUGUGUAAAGAAUGUGAUGUAUUCACUAAGAUUUGUCCUGUAUGCAAGUCUUUGAAAAGUUCUAGCGUUCAAGUCCACUUCUCUUGAAUUUGUGACCAAAACUGGAACAAAAGAAAAGAAGGAAAAAGAGAAUCCAUUAUAUAAGUCUUUCAAACUCUUUUCAAAAGAUAUAUUUUACUAUAUAAAAUUAUUUGUAUCGGAGUAUUAUUUUGCAUCUGUUUAGAAGUCUUGAAGAACCUAGAAAUUUAUGAAAUGAAACAUUCUUAUGGCU